AUGGCCGUAAACGAAGAUGUCGAUGUCGCGAAGGAAAAAGGACUGGAAGAACGUGUCAUCGAAGUUCCCGUGUCGUCGGACUCGCUUUCAACCGAGGAGCCAAAAUUAACACCGCCGCUGUAUUGGAAGAUACUCGCGGUCGUCAUGAUCUCGUGCAUCAGUUUCGGCUCGGCAUGGAGUACCGGCAUCACCGGGGCCUUGAAGUCCACCCUCAAGAGAGAGCUGCAUAUUAACAACAUGCAGUUCUCGCUGCUUGAGGCUAGCGAGGACUUUAUGGUCACGCUCCUGAUUGUUUUCAGUGGGAUCUUGACAGACAAGAUCGGCGGUGCUAGGGCAUUGUUAUACGGCAACAUGAUCUACUCCAUCGGCUCCAUUAUCAUCGCAUCCGCUGCGCAGGCCCGCUCCUUCAAGCUCAUGGUCGGCGGAAGGGUCAUGCUCGCCCUCGGCGAGAUCGCAACCAAGGUGGCCCAGUUCAGGGUCUUCAGCUCCUGGUUCUCGCCGAACCAUGGCUUCGCGACCACCCUGGGCAUCGAGCUCGGCAUCAAGAAGAUUGGCGGCUUCGUCGGCAAGUCCUCGGCCAACAUCAUCGCCAAGAAGACCGGCAACUUCGCCUGGGUCUUUUGGAUCUCGGUGUUGAUGAACGUAUUGGCUAAUGUGCUUACCUUUGUGUUUUACCGGUUUAAUGCUACUGCUCGCAAGAAGUUUGAAAAUGUUACCGAUCCGGCGACUGGUGAGAAGCUCAUAGAGAAGUCCGAGAAGUUCCAGCCUAAGAAGGUCCUGGAGCUGCCUUGGAUUUUCUGGGCCGUUGUUGCUUUCUCGUUCUUCGAGACUAGCGCGGAUACCGUCUUCACGCAGAAUGCCACCGAGUUGGCGGAGAAGAAGUUCCAUACCGACUCUAUCACCGCGGGCUGGUACUCGGCAUCUGCACAGUACGCAGGCUUUUUCUUAGCGCCGUGUGUUGGUGCUUUCAUCGACAUUCUGGGCAAUCGUAUCACCUUGCUUGCGAUGUGCAGCAUUGGUAUCUUUAUAGCAAUGGCUCUUGUCAAUUGGGCCACCGAUAGUACCAAAGGACUUACUGCUGCUUUCGUCAUCUAUGCUGUGGCUAUGGAGCUUGGCCCAACGACCACCAUCGACAGUAUCCGGACCUCCAUGUGGCACGGCUCCGCUUUCGGAUCUGCCUACGCUGUCAAAUUCGCCGUCAACAAUGCUACGUCUAUGAUAGUCCGCAUCAUCACCGGCGCCAUCCAAGACGCCGACAACGACAGCUACGAUCACGUGGUUAUUGUGUAUGUCGUCCUCGCCGCCGGGGCCGUCCUUGUGACCACCAUGCUGGUCGUCCUGCUGCGGUGGUCGGUCGACCUCGGCAGUCUGCAGUGGACCCGCAAGCAGCGCAUUGCGAAUGGCAAGUUGUGGAACGAGAGGAAGAGAGCCUUCUACGAGGAAAACGGGGCAAGGAACAGGAAUAUCUCCAAAAUAUGCUUUGCUUGCUUGAUCCUGUUGAUCUUGGGGUCUUGGUCCGCGUAUUUCUGGGGUAUGGCUACUAAGAAUACUUCCUGA